AUGGUAAAUGACCGAUGGGGAAUCAUGAACAGCUCUUCUGAACUCGAAGAUGGGACUCGGCAUAAAAACCAGACGUUCUGUGAGUGUGUGCCCAGCUCCUCCCAGCUCAAACACCGCUGGUCAGACUCAGAAACUGCCAGGGAGACCCCGGCCAAGAGGAUGAGCUGCAGCUACCUGCUCUGCACUAUCCUGCUCUUCGUGGCUGUAUUGCUCGCUGUCACUGUAACUGGCACCAUCCUUUUUAUGAACCACUACCAGGCCCCACCUAUGUCUGAUGGCCUACCCCACAUCUCUACCAAUCAGGAUGAAGCCAAUGCCCUGGUCACUGUCGAGAGAGGCGACGGCUCUCGCAUCAACAUCUUCAUCGACCCUAACUGCCCCGACUAUAACAGUAACUUUUUACGCUUGGAGGGUGUGCAGACCUCACUGCUCCACUCACUAACCGACCACGACUCUGACCUGAAGUCAGUGAAAGGCCAGGAUCGGGCUCUUCUUGUCAGCUUGGCUGAGGAGGUGGCCAAGCUGUCAGCCCACGCAGGGCAGCUGAAAAUGGACUAUGAAUCCCUACGCAGAGGCCAGGGCAGCCUGGGGCAAGAUCUGAACACACUGCAGACUGAGCAGGGACGCCUCAUACAGCUGCUGUCAGACAGCCAGAUCAACAUGGUGAAGGUAGUGAACUCUGUGAGUGAUGCUCUUAACGCCAUGCAGAAGGAGAACGUGGGCCUGAAGGCGCGUGUCAAGGCCGACUUGCAGAGGGCACCGGUCAGAGGAGCUCGUUUCAAGGGCUGCUCCAAUGGCUCACGUCCCCGUGACUGCAGUGACCUGUACGCUAGUGGUCAAAGAGAAGAUGGCAUCUACUCUGUGUUUCCUGUGCACCACCCCGCAGGCUUCCAGGUCUACUGUGACAUGACCACAGACGGAGGAGGCUGGACAGUGAUCCAGCGCAGGGAGGAUGGCUCGGUCAACUUCUUCAGAGGAUGGGAGUCUUAUCGUGAGGGAUUUGGCAAAAUCACUGGUGAACACUGGCUCGGGUUGAAGCAGAUCCAUGCCCUGUCCAUCCAGGGGAACUAUGAGCUACGUAUUGACUUGGAGGACUUUGAAAAUAGCACCGCCUAUGCCCAGUAUGGUACCUUUGGAGUGGGCCUCUUCUCAGUGGACCCAGAAGAUGAUGGAUACCCUUUGACUGUGGGAGACUAUUCUGGCAAUGCAGGUGACAGUAUGUUGAAGCACAAUGGGAUGAAGUUCACGACCAAAGACAGGGAUAACGACCACUCGGAGAACAACUGCGCCUCCUUCUACCAUGGUGCUUGGUGGUACCGCAACUGUCACACUGCUAACCUUAACGGCCAGUACCUGCGCGGUCAACACACUUCCUAUGCUGAUGGCAUCGAGUGGUCCACAUGGACUGGCUGGCAGUACUCCCUCAAGUUCGCCGAAAUGAAGAUACGGCCCACUCGCGACCCCGAGAACAAAUGA